GAGUAGGCCUGGGAGUCCUCAACAUUGACUCGGGACCCCAUGAAGUCUCGUGGCUUCAGGUAAAACACGCGGUUCCUGACAUCCAGAGGGAGACAGACAGCAAGAUGAAGAUCCAACUGGCAGCAGUGCUCCUCACUGUCUUGGUCACACAAGGUUCCUCACUGAAAUGUCACAGCUGUAAUAGUCUGACCGGGAACUGUGCAUUAAACACGACCAUCGAAUGCAACCGAACAAUCCACACCUUUUGCAGAUCCAUCAGUAUCAGUCAAGUGAUUGGCAUACGGCAUUCUAACUAUCUCCUGAGUGGCUGUGGAAGCUGUUUUGGCCUCAUCUCUUUCAACAGUGGAUUUUUCUCCAGCUAUCUGCACACCAGUUGCUGCAGCUCCAGUCUGUGUAACGACGCUGUUGAACCAGACAUCGAGAACAGCACGCUGAACGGGUUGGAAUGUCACGCCUGCUUUGCUCUUUCAAGCGAGUGUGGAAAUUUGACGACCCCGGUAAAAUGCAGAGGGGAACAAGACCACUGUUUGCAUACAUCAGGAUUCCUGGCUGGGUCCAAUUCAACGUCUUUUGUGAUGAAGGGCUGUGCUUCGGAUUUCCUGUGUCGAAGUCCUGGUGACCUCCGGGUGGUAGGACUUGACCCAACUUUCGGUUUCUACUGCUGUAAGGGCGCCCUGUGUAACCGCGAGUCGCGGAAUUUCACUCUGAGCACCACGCCCAGCACCACCUCAAUCCAAGUCAAUACUUUCACACCUCUCGCUACCAGCACGAUGAACAUGACGUCAGCCCAACACAAGGACUCCUCGACUGUUCCCAACGCUGCUCCGACCCUGCUCAAUGUCUCUACCACUGGACCCAGCACCACGUCCACCGCAAGCCCAACCCAACUGAGCAGCCCCCUCAUCAUGGCUGUUCUCCUGGCCUUCCUCAGACUGGUGCUCUGAAGCACAACGUCUCAGUCUUCACCCUCUCAUCGGUUGGCUGCAGGAGCCCCUGGGUGGAAUGAGGGGCAUCUUCAGAGGGAGGGCCAUUCCCAACAUGCUCUGUGUGGUCAAACCUUCUCAUCUAUAGAUUUACAAUCCCCCCCUCAAUCUCCUGCCGGGAGACCUUCCUCAGCUCAUUCCCUCCCAUACCUGGUUGUACAGUAGCUAUUCUCUUGUGGUAUUUGCUCAGUGGGGGCUGUAUUCCUGUAAUGUUUGAUCCCAGCAUGAGCAAGAGGCCAUUCAGUCAUUGUAUCUGUGACAAAUGUUUUAAGAACAAUCUCACCCCAAUCCCACUGCCCUGCUCUCUUCCCACAGGCCUGAAUCAAUCCCCCAAACUAAUCUCAAUGCGCUGCUCUCUUCCCAUGCACCCGUUACAGAUAAUCCAGAAACAAGUUACCCCUCCCUCUGUAUCUCAUAACUAGUUACCCCUCCCUCUGUAUCUCAUAACCAGUUACCACUCCCUCUGUGUCUCUGUAACUAGUUACACCUCCCUCUGUAUCUCAGUAAUUAGUUACCCCUCCCUCUGUGUCUCUGUAACCAGUUACACCUCCCUUUGUGUCUCUGUGACCAGUUACCCCUCCCUCUGUAUCUCAGUAAUUAGUUACCCCUCCCUCUGUGUCUCUGUAACCAGUUACCCCUCCCUCUAUAUCUCUGUAAUUAGUUACACCUCCCCCUGUAUCUCUGUAACUAGUUACCCCUUCCUCUGUGUCUCUGUAACUAGUUACCCCUCCCUCUGUAUCUCUGUGACCAGUUACACCUCCCUCUGUAUCUCAGUAACCAGUUACCCCUCCCUCUAUAUCUCUGUAAUUAGUUACACCUCCCCCUGUAUCUCUGUAACUAGUUACCCCUCCCUCUAUAUCUCUGUAAUUAGUUACACCUCCCCCUGUAUCUCUGUAACCAGUUACCCCUCCCUCUGUAUCUCUGUAACCAGUUACCCCUCCCUCUGUAUCUCAUAACCAGUUACCCCUCCCUCUGUGUCUCUGUAACCAGUUACCCCUCCCUCUGUAUCUCUGUAACCAGUUACCACUCCCUCUGUGUCUCUGUAACUAGUUACCCCUCCCUCUGUGUCUCUGUAACCAGUUACCCCUCCCUCUGUAUCUCAUAACCAGUUACCACUCCCUCUGUGUCUCUGUAACUAGUUACCCCUCCCUCUGUGUCUCUGUAACCAGUUACCCCUCCCUCUAUAUCUCUGUAAUUAGUUACCCCUCCCUCUGUGUCUCUGUAACUAGUUACCCCUCCCUCUGUGUCUCUGUAACCAGUUACACCUCCCUUUGUCAUCUCCCUCUGUCGCUCUGUUAUUCAUUACACUGCCCUCUAUUGCCCUCUGCUGGUAUGUCUUUGUAUUACUGGCCUAACUUUUUUUCACCACCCUACAAGCGAUUAUCAUGUGUCAGAACCCCCUACAGUGUGGAAACAGGCCACUUGGCCCAUCAAGUUCAAACUGACCCUCCAAAGAGCAUUCCAUCCAACACCAUCUCUGUAUUCCUGAAUUUCCCUGAGCUGAUCCACCAAACCUACGCAUCCUUGGACGCCAUGGAUAAUUUAUCAUGGCCAAACAAACAUAACCUGCACACAUUUGGAUUGUGGGAGGAAACUGGAGCACCCGGAGGAAACCCAUGCAGACCCGGGGAGAAUGUGCAAACUCCAUACAGACAGUCACAGGGUGGGAUCGAACCCUGCACUGUGAGGCAACACUGCUAACCACUGAGCCACUGAAAUUGAUAUGAAGGAGCUGCAUUUCAAGCUAGAGUACUGGAGGAGGAAUCCUUUACAUAUUUACCUUCACAGAAACAUUUUUGGGAAAAUUCUUUUGAACAGUGUGGCAAUCGUGCGAAGGGAUGACGUGUGAGUCUGAAAGGACUAGGAUGUGUGUACGAAGCUCAGAGAUAAUCUGGGUCACUAGCUGUGUUUGUGGGGUAUUGUAAUGGGUGGGAGACCCAUUAUGUGAUAUCUCCUCAGACCCCAAGAUUAUAUUGUGUUUCAAACCGACGUCCUGAGUUGUAGAUUCCAACUCUACAGGCCAUCCAGGCACCAGCAACGACCUGAAGGGAAGACUGGCCUAAGACAGCUGUACGAAGGUGCUGAGAUACUCCUUCGAAGAUGAAUCGGAGCAGGUUGGCUCUGAGUGCUGGAGGCAAAGGGGUAACGUAAGGGCAGCUGAAAUGGAAAUGUUUACAAACGCCCGAUGAUCUGUAAUAAAUUAUGACAAUAAAUUUGUAAGAUCGCAAACAAAUGAGUCUUUCUGCUGAUCUCGGGUGACGGCUCCUAACCUGU